AUGAAAGCCUGCACUCUAGCCUUCCUCGCCACGGCAGCGGCGGCUGCGCCGUCGCCCGAGAUUCCGUACUCACAGUGGAUGACUGACUCGAUGAUCCGCAACGGCUACCAGCUUGCGCCGACGUUCCACUACGACGAAGCGACACUGUACACGUCGUUCGAGGCCGUUUACGACGCCAACAAGAACGAGACGGUGCUCGACUUUUACCGCAGCCACGUGUAUGCCGUCGUGCUCGAGGACGGGACGAUCGACGGGUUCAACCACUCGCACUACAGCCUCGACAACUACCGCUUCGGCAACAACAUUCUCUGGUGGUACGAGCGGACGGGCGAGGAGCGGUUCAAGAUUGCGGCGGGGAAGAUCAAAGACCAGCUGGACAGGCACCCGAGGACGCCGACGGGCGGGUUCUGGCACAGACGGCCGACGUAUCCCAACCAAAUGUGGCUCGACGGCAUCUACAUGGCCGACACAUUCUACGCCAAGUGGACGCGCCUCUUCCAGCCCGCCAACGCGACGGCCUGGGACGACAUUGCGCUGCAGUUCGACACGAUCGACGCGCGCACGCGCGAGCCGGCCACGGAGCUGCGCGUCCACGGCUACGACGAGGGCAAGACGGCCGUGUGGGCGGACCCCGUCACGGGCGCGGCGCCGCUCGUCUGGGCCCGCGCCGUCGGCUGGUACGUCAUGGCGCUGCUCGAGGUCGCGGCGCUGCUGCCGGCGGCGCACCCGGCGCGGGAGAGGCUGCUGGGCUACUUCCGCGCCGUGGCGGGCGGGUUGCGGGCGGCGCAGGACGAGACGGGCGGCUGGUGGAAUGUCAUGAGCGAGCCGUACCCGGGCCGGCCGGGGAACUACAUCGAGAGCUCGGCGAGCGUCAUGUUCACGUUUGCGCUGCUGAAGGGGCUGAGGCUCGGGAUCCUGCCCAAGGAGGAGUUUACGGAGACGGCGGCCAAGGCGUAUCGGGGUAUGGUCGACAUGUUCGUCACGGAAAAUGACGAUGGGACGCUGAACUGGGAGAAGACGGUCGAGGUGGGGAGUCUGGGGAGCAAUGCCACAUUCGAGUACUAUUCGAGCAUCAAGCUGAGACAGAACGAUCUGCGCGGAGGCGGCGUAUUCAUGUUGGCGGCCUUGGAAUGGGAGAGCAGGACAUGCUGA